UUCUAUGAGUACCAAACCACCUUUGUUCAUCUCUCUCUUCUUUACGAUUGGUGUCUGUGAAAGAAACGCGCACACAGUACAUACGCAGAGAAAUAACAUGGAAGGAAGUUCAAAGAAGAGCUCAAAAGGGCAAAAAGAGAGAGGCAGUUUGUAUCAUAUCAUACACAAGGUUCCAUGUGGCGAUAGUCCUUAUGUUAAAGCGAAGCAUACCCAGCUAGUCGAAAAGGAUCCAGAAGCAGCCAUAGUAUUGUUUUGGAAGGCAAUAAAUGAAGGAGAUAGAGUGGAGAGUGCCCUAAAGGACAUGGCUGUAGUGAUGAAGCAACUUGAUAGAACUGAAGAAGCCAUUGAAGCGAUAAAGUCUUUCAGAGGCCGUUGCCCCAAACAAGCCCAGGAAUCCCUCGAUAACGUUCUCAUUGAUCUAUACAAGAAGUGUGGGAAAAUAGAGGAGCAGAUUGAUCUGCUAAAGCGGAAGCUAAGACUGAUCUACCAAGGAGAGGCCUUCAAUGGAAAACCCACAAAGACUGCACGCUCUCGUGGCAAAAAGUUCCAAGUCUCCAUCAAACAAGAAACUUCAAGAUUAUUGGGAAAUUUGGGUUGGGCGUACAUGCAGAAAUCAAACUUUAUGAUGGCAGAGGUGGUGUACCAGAAAGCACAGAUGAUCGAUCCAGACGCCAAUAAGGCCUGUAAUUUGGUAUUUUGCCUGAUCAAACAGGCUCGAUAUGAUGAAGCAUUUCCUAUUAUUCAAGAUGUAUUGCAAGGUAGACUUCCGGGUUCAGAUGAGUGCAAGCCGAGGAAACGAGCCCAGGAACUGAUAAUGGAGCUUAAAUCCAGAUGGCACCCUUCACAACCAUUAAUGGAGUCAUCAUCAGAUGAUCAUAUAGUACCAGGCCUUGAUGAUGAUUUUGUUAAGGGACUUGAUCAGUUGAUGAAUGAAUGGGGUCCAUUGAGACCAAAGAGACUGCCCAUCUUUGAAGAGAUCUCUCCCUUUAGGAAUGAUCAGCUGGCAUUUUAGAUAAUAUUUGUUUCUUUUUUACUUGUUCAUAUGGGGGUUUCUGGCCGGGGGGGCGGGCGUGAUAGUAUAAGGUUCUACUGAAAAUAAAUGGGCCGAAAGAAAGACCAUGUAUGAGGCUUGUUCUGUACAAUGUUAUUAUUCUCCACACAGGAGUUGUUUGGGAAACCAA